AUGCCGGUCACUCACAACAGCAAGACGAUCAAGCUCGAGCUGCCCAAGUCCGGCGCCUCCACCGAGAUCUACCUCUUCGGUGCGACCGUCACCUCGUGGAGGACGGCCGGCGGCAAGGAGCGGCUCUUCCUCUCCUCCAAAGCGGCGCUCGACGGCAGUGCUGCGAUUCGAGGCGGCAUUCCGAUCGUCUUUCCCGUCUUUGGUCCCCCCAGUCAGCACGCUGAUGCACCCGAAGUCGUCAAGGCGCUCGACAAGCACGGAUUUGCACGCAUUCACGACUGGUCUGUCUCCUCUAACGCCCCCACCGUGGACGAGGAGGACAAGGUGAGCGUCACCCUCGAGCUGCGUACCGCGGACAAGCCGGAUAUCGCCGCUGUAUGGCCCUACGAGACGGUUCUGCAGUACACGGUCACGCUGUCGCCGCAGGAGCUCAAGAACGAGCUGCGGGUCAACUACGUCGAAGGCCAAGGGGAGAUGCCCUUCCACGCACUACUGCAUACGUACUUCCUCGUGCCGGACUCCACCAAGGCAUCGGUCCAGGGUCUGAAGGGCAUGCAAUACAUCGACAAGGUCAAAGGCGGUGAGGCACAGCUGGAUACGGACAACUUCGUGUUUGACGCACAGUCGAUCGAUAGGGUGCACAUGGGCAAGCACAGCACCUCGGCAGGGGAGACGCCGAGGGAUGUCAAGAUGCUGUACAAUGUGGAAGAGCAGGGGCUGGGCAAGGGGAUCGAGGUGACGAGGUCGAAAGAGCUCAAGGACACCGUUGUCUGGAACUGCGCCGAGGAGGGGAACAAGUCGAUCGGGGAUCUGGAGGAGGGCGGGUGGAAGAGGUAUGUCUGCGUCGAGCCCGGUUCGGUACACGGAUUCGAGACGCUGCCGAAGGGAAGCAAGUGGGUCGCAGAACAGACGUUGAGGGCCUUGCUGUAA